AUGGACGUCGAUACCAAGUCCCCCGAGGACCGUUCUCGCCGAGCCGCCAGUGUGCUAUCUAUGGACGACCUCGAGGCUGCCCAAGCCCUGGAAGGCCUUCGCUCCGACUUUGGGCAAUCUCCUCGAGCUUCACGGCAAGCUCUUCCCACCUCGCCUGACCCACCCCCGCCAGAACCGCUGCUCUCCCUCCUCACAUCAUCUCACCCACUGAUAUCCUCCGCCAUCAACGGGUCUGUCUCGGCGUAUGCCACGUCCAAGUCGUAUUCGGCCCGAUUCAAGUCAAGCGCCGAGUUCAUAGAGCGCAAUAUCGGCUCGCCCGUCGCUAACACCGUCGGAACGGUGGGCCGCAAAACCGGUGUUGAAAGUGGUUUGCGCUGGGCGCUCCAACGACGUGAUUCCGGUAACGAGUCCAAACAUAGCAGCAAGCGUCGGAAGGUGAAUGGUGACGUCGCCACGAACUCGAUGGAUGUUGAACAAGGGCCAGAAGAGGCGGCGACCCAAUCACGCACCCGAAGCUCCUCGGACAUCUCCAUGACCGAGACACUUCCGCCCUACGACGAGAUGCGAUCGCCGCGUUACGAAGAGAAACCCGAGCGUCAAAACCCCACCUGGCAGAGUCGGUUGGUCAUUUCGACGUCUGGCUUGGGUGUGGCCAUGAGCGAAGAAUCGCUCCGCAGCCUGCAGUAUUGCUUGACAUGGCUUCGGUGGGCAAACGGCCGUCUCGGCCGUGCCAUCGUUGCCCUUCAGAAUGCGCUGACUGAGUGGGAAAACCACAAAGCACGCCUGAAGCAACAAGCCGAUGCUGAUCGCGCCACCAGCCCCGAGAACACAUCGCUUCUCACACAGCGCAUCCAGGCGGUCAAGGAAGACGUCUUGUCUACCCUGAAGCAAGUGGUCGACGUCGUCUCCAAGUAUGCUGGUGGGGCCUUGCCUGAGAAUGCGCGCCACCUAGUCCGGCGGCACUUGACAUCGCUGCCUCAUCGCUUCCAGAUGGCCAGCACAUCACAGCCACAUCCCGAUUCCCCUGCCGCUUCGUCGGAGGCAACCGUCGGCGCCCACCGGAUACUGGUCUUGGCCAACGAGGGACUCGAUAUAUUGGGACAGGUUAGUGGUGUCGUAAACGACACUCUUGUCAGCGCUGAGCAUUGGUGUGAUCGUCUGGGGCGUAAACGCCCUGAUCACAAACCCGCACCGGAUGUGGAAAACCAGAGCCAGGCACCCACGCCGGACACUCAACCGUACGGGACCGACAUCAAACAGCCUCUCGUCUCGGAGGCCAUUGCCCCGGAAGAUGUUCGUAUCGCAGGAACCGAGAAGAUGUAA